AUCUUAUUCACUAACGUAAGCCUGCAAUAUCACGGUUGUUUUUCAGUACUAUGGCUACCCUCUCCUUUUCUAUACUCCGUCCGAACACAUCAUUUUCUUCUUUUCAAUUCCCUUCUAAAAACGUAUCUUCCCUCCCAAUUCUCCUACCUCUCCCCCAUCGAAACACUCUACCCCUCACUCUCUCCGCCGCCAAACGCCCUCCCGCCACUUCUGAAAACAAUGCAUCCGCUUCAGUAACAGUCGAAAUCGUUGCUCCUGAGAAUAACGACAAUUCAACCGCUUUCGUCAUCCGUACGCGUAACCGUUUAGGUCUCCUCCAAACCAUCAUGCGCGUCUUCAAUGUCCUCGGUAUACUCAUCGACAAAGCCACCGUAGAUUGCGAAGGAGGCUAUUUUAUCAAAAAGUUAUUCGUAACCGAUUCUCGAGGCAACAAGAUCGACGAUCAGAAGAGCUUGGAGAGAAUCAAGAAGGCCUUGGUCGAGGCAAUCGACGGAGACGAUGACGCCGCCGUUUCUGUUUCUCCAGCUGCGAGAGGGAUUAUGGUUAGGAAGCCUCGGUUGGAAUUUGGGGAGGAGAAAAUCAAAGCUGAGAGGAUGUUUGGAUUGAUGGAUGUUUUCUUGAAGAACGACCCGCUUAGCUUACAAAAGGAUAUUUUAGAUCACGUGGAGUUCACAGUGGCUAAAUCGCGAUUUAAUUUCGAUGAUUUUGAAGCUUAUCACGCUUUAGCACAUAGUGUAAGAGAUCGGUUGAUUGAACGUUGGCAUGAUACUCAGAUACAUUUCAACAGGAAAGGCCCGAAACGACUUUAUUUUCUUUCGCUUGAGUUUCUUAUGGGCCGUUCGUUGUCAAAUACUGUCAUCAACCUUGGAGUUCGUGAUCAAUUUGCAGAUGCUUUAAGCCAGCUUGGUUUUGAGUUUGAAGUUUUAGCUGAACAGGAAGGAGAUGCUUGCCUGGGUAAUGGAGGCCUCGCUCGUCUCUCGGCAUGCCAAAUGGAUUCUCUAGCAACUUUGGACUAUCCUGCUAUAGGCUAUGGAUUGCGCUACCAGUAUGGGUUGUUCCGACAAGUUAUAUUGGAUGGUUUUCAACAUGAACAACCUGAUUAUUGGUUAAACUUUGGAAACCCUUGGGAGAUAGAGCGGGUUCACAUAACUUAUCCUGUAAAGUUCUAUGGGACUGUCACAGACGAAGUUUUGAAUAAAGAAAAACAUAAAGUUUGGGUUCCUGGAGAAGUGGUUGAAGCUGUGGCAUAUGACAAUCCAAUACCAGGUUAUGGAACAAGGAAUACGAUUGUUCUUCGCCUUUGGGCUGCCAAACCAAGUGAUCAACACAAUAUGGAGUCCUAUAACACUGGGGAUUAUGUUGAUGCUGUGGUCAAUAGACAGAGAGCAGAAAGUAUUAGUAGUAUACUAUACCCCGAUGACCGUUCUUAUCAGGGUAAAGAAUUGCAGUUGAAACAGCGAUAUUUCUUUGUCUCUGCAUCAGUACAAGACAUCAUCAGAAGAUUCAAAGAUACUCAUAAAAAUUUUAAUGAGUUUCCAGAGAAGGUUGCACUGCAGCUGAAUGACACUCAUCCAUCUCUCGCGAUAGCUGAGGUAAUGAGAGUGCUUUUGGAUGAAGAGCAUUUAGGCUGGAACAGAGCUUGGGACAUCAUAUGCAAAAUAUUUUCAUACACAACUCAUACCGUAUCAUCUGAAGCAAUGGAGAAAAUCCCUGUGGAUCUAAUGGGCAGCCUUCUCCCUCGACAUUUGCAGAUUAUAUAUGACAUAAACUUCAACUUCAUGGAAAAGUUAAAGAAGAUGAUUGGUUUAGAUUAUGAUCGGUUGGCCAGGAUGUCAAUUGUUGAGGAAGGUGCUGUGAAGAAUAUUCGAAUGGCAAACCUAUCAAUCAUUUGUUGUCAUACUGUGAAUGGGGUCUCCAGAUUACAUUUAGAGUUGUUGAAAACAAAAGUAUUCAGGGACUUCUAUGAGCUGUGGCCGCACAAGUUUCACUACAAGACAAAUGGAGUGACCCAGCGUCGCUGGAUUGUUGUCAGCAAUCCUAGUUUAUGUGCUCUUAUCUCAAAAUGGCUUGGAACAGAAGCUUGGAUCCGUGAUAUUGACCUUUUAAUAGGUUUGAGAGAUCAUGCAACUAAUGCUGAAUUGCAUCAAGAAUGGAAGAUGGUUAAGAAGGUCAACAAAAUAAGGCUUGCUGAGUACAUUGACGCAAUGAGUGGUUUGAAGGUCAGCUUGAAUGCAAUGUUUGAUGUGCACACAAAGCGGAUUCAUGAAUAUAAGCGGCAGUUGCUUAAUAUACUUGGCAUUAUCCAUAGAUAUGACAGCAUCAAGAAUAUGAACAAGAAUGAUAGGAAAAAAGUUGUACCGCGGGUCUGCAUUAUUUCAGGAAAAGCUGCUCCAGGUUAUGAAAUUGCAAAAAAGAUUAUUAAACUCUGUCAUGUUGUGGCUGAAAAGAUCAACAAUGAUAAUGAUAUUGGAGAUCUUUUAAAGUUGGUCUUUAUACCUGAUUACAAUGUUUCUGUUGCUGAGCUGGUAAUACCAGGGGCUGACCUUUCUCAACAUCUAAGCACUGCUGGGCAUGAGGCGUCGGGAACCAGCAGCAUGAAAUUUUUGAUGAAUGGAUGUUUACUUUUAGCCACAGAAGAUGGUUCUACGAUUGAAAUGAUUGAAGAAGUAGGCCGGGAAAACAUGUUUCUGUUUGGUGCAUCGGUGAAUGAUGUUCCCGCAUUGCGAGAGAAAGGACCUGCUCUUAAAGUUCCUCUUCAAUUUUUGCGUGUAGUAAGGUAUUUUCGCCCAAUCAUUUAUGUGUAGUGUAUAGCUUUAUCAAUACUUUACAUCUUAGUUACUCGGUAAAGGAGAUAUAGCCCUUGCUUUUCUUAUACAGAGUUUGAUU